AUGAUUGUCCCAAUUGUUAAAGAUAAGACUAAAGAUAUCACAAGAGUGAAUAACUAUAGACCUGUUGCUAUAGUAACCGUUUUAUCGAAAUUAUUUGAGUUGUGCAUCUUAAAUCGAAUUGAAAAAUUUAUCGAGACUAGUGAUUUUCAGUUUGGGUUUAAACGCAAGCAUUCAACAGAAAUGUGUAUCUUCGUAGUGAAGGAAAUUGUCGACUUCUAUAAAAGUCACAACUCGCCCGUUUUUGCUUGUUUUAUGGACGCAACAAAAGCGUUUGACAGGGUAAACCAUUGGAAGUUAUUCAAAAAAUUACUUGAUAGGGGAAUGCCUGUAUUCAUUGUGCGUUGUCUAUUGCAUUGGUAUCGAGGUCAAACUUUUUGUAUCCGAUGGGCUUCAGAAAUAUCUGCGUCCUUUAGAGUGACCAAUGGAGUUCGACAAGGAAGCAUUCUUUCGCCGACGUUAUUUUCAAUUUAUAUUGAUGAUCUCAGUACUAGGCUGCAACAAGCGGGUGUUGGAUGUCAUUUAGCUGGUAAAAUAAUGAAUCAUCUUUUUUAUGCUGACGAUAUUUUGUUAGUUUCACCUUCUGUCAAAUCAUUGAAAAAGCUCGUUGAGAUCUGCGAGUGUUAUGGUGAGGAGUUUGACAUUCUUUUCCACAAUACUAAGACAGAAUGCAUGUCAUUUUUUCCAAAAACGUGGGGACAAAACAAGGGUCCCAAGCGUGUACUUGUAUGGUAA